AUGGAUAGGCUAGAACGUUUGCUUGCGCAGCCGUGCAUUGACAUGCCCCAUAACGGUCCCCAGUUCUGGCCUACCCUCCACCCGACGCACCGGCUCAAAAAUGAGGGACGUAGAUGGCUGUGCUCCGGGUGCCAUCUUACCCUCCUUCCAGGCCAUUCUCAGCCUUGUUUAGGUCUCCAGAAACCCUGCAAAAAACUCCACAAUAACCAAACCCUGUCCUUUCAUGCCCAGGCCUCGGUUUCCACGCCUCCUGGGCGGCCGGACUCUCCAGGGUCUUCUUCAGCUCUAAAGGAAGUGGCUUCCCUUCCUAAGGCUGCAGCUUUGCACGUGUCUGAGGUGGGGCCUGGCAAGACAAAGGAAGUGGUUUCCCUUCCUGGCACCAGUGCACGCGCCGCCGGGCCUGCCAGGGAGCCUGCCCCAAAGCCGGCCAGCCGUGCCAAAAAGAAGAAAGAGCUUCCCUCAGGUCAGCAGACCCUUCGCUUCAAGAAGCAGUGA